UCCCUGCACAUCUCUUUCCCAUCUCCAAUAAACUUCUGUGUAAUAAACAGAAACUGGCUGAAUACUCAGUAUGAUUUCUGCCAAACAGAGGAGCAGAAUGGAAAAACAUUUGACGGAGGAGCAAGAAAUGGAUAAUUUGGGGAGAAAGGCUUGGGACAACCCAGCCUAUGAGGGGUCUCCUUCUCCAAAGAUUAAAACAAUUUACAAUCCUAAAAGUAUUCUGGAAAAUCCCUAUGACAACAUGGACCAUUUAGGAGACCCACCACCUUAUCAGGAGGACAAGACAAAGAGCUUAAAUCUGUGUUCAAGUUUCUUCAUCUACGUGGGCAAAGGAAUAAGAGGACUCUGGGGAACAACACUGACCGAAGAUACAGCAGAAAAUCGAGAGCUUUAUGUGAAGACAACACUGAGAGAACUUCUGGUUUAUAUUGUGUUCCUGGUGGACAUCUGUCUAUUGACGUAUGGGAUGACCAGCUCCAAUACUUAUUACUACACCAACGUGAUGUCUACACUCUUCCUGGACACACCGGCAGACAGUGGUGUCACCUUUAAGACUAUUGGCAGCAUGGAAGACUUCUGGACAUACUCACAGGGACCACUUCUGGAUGGCCUUUACUGGACCAAAUGGUACAAUAAUGUGAGUUUGGAUCACGCACCUAAUUCUUUCAUAUACUAUGAGAACCUCUUGCUUGGAGUUCCUCGGAUGCGCCAGUUAAAGGUGGAAAACAACUCUUGUGUUGUUCAUAAAGACUUUAGGGAAGACAUAUCUGGCUGUUAUGAUGUCUAUUCUAAAGAAAAGGAGGAUAAAAACCCAUUUGGCCUAUUUAAUGGGACACCGUUGCUUGUGGAGUUUCCUGCAACUGGUGGUGCUAUUCCAUCCUGGCAGAUUCGCACAGUCAAGCUCAUCCGAUACGUCUGUGGCUGGGACUACUUCAUAAUCGCCUGUGAAAUUGUCUUUUGCGUCUUUAUAUUUUACUAUGUUGUGGAGGAAAUGUUGGAGCUUAGAAUACAUAAAUUCAGAUAUUUCACAAGCAUCUGGAAUAUCCUUGACGUUGUUGUAAUACUGCUUUCUCUUGUAGCCAUUGCUUUUCACAUCUUUCGUACCUUGGAGGUGAACAGACUUAUGGGAACACUGCUACAACAACCUACAAUCUAUGCAGACUUUGAGUUUCUGGCGUUCUGGCAGACUCAGUACAACAACAUGAACGCAGUCAAUCUGUUCUUCGCAUGGAUAAAGAUAUUCAAAUACAUCAGCUUCAAUAAGACGAUGACACAGCUGUCGUCCACCCUCGCUCGCUGCGCUAAAGACAUUUUAGGUUUUGCCAUCAUGUUUUUCAUUGUAUUCUUUGCUUAUGCCCAGCUGGGAUACCUGUUGUUUGGGACCCAGGUGGAAAACUUCAGCACCUUUGGAAAGUGCAUAUUCACACAGUUCAGAAUAAUCCUUGGGGAUUUUGACUAUGAUGCUAUUGAUAACGCUAACCGGAUUCUAGGACCUAUUUAUUUUGUCACAUAUGUCUUCUUCGUUUUCUUCGUAUUACUGGGAUACAGAAAAACUUUACUGAAGCUUAAACUGAAGAAAGAACGCAUUUCAGAUGUACAAAAAGCUCUGCAAACUGGCUCAAAAGAGUUGGAGUUUGAAGAGUUUAAAAACAGCUUAAGGGAGAUGGGCCAUGAUGAUCAUGAGAUUUCGGCUGCAUUUUCUAAAUUUGACCAGGAUGGCAAUCGGAUUCUUGAUGAAGAGGAACAGAAACAAAUGCAAAAUAUCCUGGAGGAAAGAAGGGUGGCGCUAAAUGCUGAAAUUGAGAAUUUGGGAAGAUCCUACAGGAACAAGGGUUUGGAUGAUGGGGUGAACCUAACGGAUAUAAAGAACAAUUUGUCUUCUAAAACCAACUGGGUGUCGCAAGAAGAAUUCACAGUGAUUGUGAAGCGAUUACAGCAACUGGAAAUUUCCAUUGGGGGAAUGAUGAAAAAAAUAGAAUCUGUAGAAGUAAAAUUAGAGACCAUAGAAAGCAACAAAAUGAAGCAAACGAAUCUGGUAGAAAAUAGGCAGAACAAUAUUGUCAAAUUUAACCAAGAUGAAAUACUCCAUCGCAAUCUGGGCCAACACGUAAAGGAAGAGAAGGCCAAUUGGGAUUCUGAUUACAAAACCAGGAAUGUCUGCGAAGCAUCAUUCCAAAACAGCCACCCAAACAUGGCAGCAUCACCAAAUUCCAACAAUUUCUCAUAGAUUGUAAUGUUUUUAGGUGCAUGCGUCAGAAGUUUCUAAUUGUUCUACAUGAAAAAUGCUGAGAAAAUUGUGGCGGCAUUUGAAGUAAUUUGCAGUUGUCCUUUGCACAGAAUUGAACCAAUUAUUAUUAUUAUUAUUAUUAUUAUCGGUUAUUUGUAGAGCGCCAACAGAUUCAGCAAUGAGAGUGAGACUCACUGAACAAAUGAGCCCUUGUUAUUUAUUCAUGAAGCUUUGGGAUGUGCAACGGAAAUUGUUUAAUGUAUCUGCAUUGAUUACACCUCAUGUGAAAUUAAUGACCGCAAAAGGUUUUACUUGAUCCAAACAUUCCCAGGAUAAUGCUGUCAUUAGUUCAAUUUCAUCCAGGGCAGAACUGCACCACAAAGUCACCCAGCAGGUUUAAUUGCCAAUGUGUGAUUUUGUGACUUCUCUGAAACAAUCUGUCGCUGUUUAUGAAGAUGUUGUGCUUUUUGCUGAGCUAUAAAAUAGAACAGUUUAAUCAUAAGCAAUAUAUUACACACACAUAUAUAAAAUAUAAUUUCUAGCUAAAAUAGAAAAUGUGAUACAGGAAAAUGCAUUCUAAUAAAAUAUGUGCAAGAUUAUA